CCAGGGUUUAAUAAGAAAAUAAAUGAAAGGGGACUGUUCUGCAUGAGGGAUGGGGAUAAACAGAGAAGGUUGCACUUACUACAACAUCAAAAAGGGCCACAUUGCAAUGAAUGCUAACAGGCAACACGACAAUAAAUUACUCCACUGUCUGGUCCCCUCUGGCUUCCCUGGCCUUCAUCUCCACCUCGGGGAGCUUUCCGCAGCUUUCCGCAGCUUCUAUGCUCUCCAUUUCAUGCAAACAAAGACAAGACAAAAUCGGUCCUUUCAUUCAGCCAUGGCAUUUCCGUAGAACAAAACCCUCAACUCCUCUUUAAAAACCAAUUCCGUAGAACAACGGUCACUGGUUCGUUAAUGGAGUUCUUUCUCUGCCCCAUUUAUUUCCUCAUCAUCAGCAUCACCUUCGCCGCCGCCGGUGUUCCGGCAGCCGAACAGGAGGCAGCAUACCUCGCCUUGGAAUCAAUCAACUCUGCGGUCGAAUGGAGAUCUCUCUACCCCGAUGACAUGUGUCUUUCCGGGCCUCACGGAGUCGUCUGCGACCUCUUUUCGGACGGCGCCGGUGGAUUCACUCCACACAUCACCGAGCUCAACUUCGGCUACCUUUCGGACUUCAACUCCAACGCGGAAUGCGGCAUAAACGCUACCCUUCCUUCUCUCCAUUCUUCCUCUCUUCCAUUCCUUCGCCGCUUAUUCUUUUACCGCUGCUUCCGCUUUGGCCAGACUGCCAUCUCGUCGUCUUUCUGGAACAUUUCCACUUGCCUUGAAGAACUUGUGAUCCACGAUAACCCCGCCCUCGUUGGCCACCUCAGCGCUCUCAUCGCCCGAUUGGUGCGCCUUCGGCGGUUCAUCAUUUACGGUACCGGAAUCUCCGGCGUGAUUCCGUCGGAGAUCGGCCAGCUUCGUAAUCUGGAGCAGCUCGUCAUAUCGAGAAGUCGCUUGCAAGGAUCGGUUCCUGCCACCGUUGCGGAUCUCCAGUGCUUGAAGCUUCUUGAUCUAAGCGGCAACAACUUCCUCGGCGACAUCUUACCCGAGAUCGGGCGGCUUGCUGAGCUCGUGAAGAUGGAUCUGAGCUCGAACAGGUUUACCGGCCCUGUUCCGGCUGGUUUUACUCAUCUAAAGCGGCUCGAGUUCCUCGACCUUAGCCACAACCGGCUCACCGGCGGAGUUCCCGUCGCACUGGCUGAGAUGCAAAACCUCAAAGAAGUUUAUCUCAGCGACAACCCUCUCGGAGGUCGAAUCCCUGAAAUUUGGGAAAAUCUUGGGGGUAUAUCAGGGCUAGGUUUGUCCAAUUUGGGCUUGACCGGGAACAUUCCACCUUCCAUCGGCCAAUAUCUGCAAAACAUCUGUUAUCUGUCACUCGAGAACAAUUUCCUCGUGGGAGAACUACCGGAGCAGAUUCGGCUCUUGGAGCGGAGCGCGAAGGAGAUUAACAUGGAGAACAACUCUCUCCAUGGCCGUAUCCCAUUUACCGCCGGCUUCAUUGCUUCCAUCGGCGAUAAGCUCAAGCUUGCCGGUAAUCCAAAGCUCUGCAUCGACGAGGAGUUCCGAACCCACGUAAGAAGCAAGGGCAAUCUCGGCAACCUUCUCCCCUGCAACAAAACUCAAAUUCUCCAUCCUGCCCUCGAUUCUCUUUCUUCAGCUUCGACAGCCGCUUUCUGUUUCGGUUUUGUUGUCGUCCUCUUCUUUCCUUCCUUUCUGAUCUCUUUUUGGUAGUACCUUUUGUUUUUGAGAAGCUUUUCUUUUAGUUUGGGAAAUCUGUUUAUAUAAAACCAUGGGAGAAAUGGAAAAAUAUAUCAAAAAAAUAUAAUAUGUUAUCUCUACUG